AUGAAACCCAACUCCUCGCCACUCAAAAAAAAAAAAAAGAAGAAAAAGGCGAAACCCUCGACUCCAUUUCCUCCCAAAUCCCAAACCCCCAUGGACGAGCUCGCCGGCGACAGCCGCCGCGCCGAUUCGGCGCCUCCGCUUCCGCAUCUCCCCGACGACAUGCUCGUGGAGAUCUUCCUCCGCCUCCCGCCGGAGCCCAUCCACCUCUUCCGCGCCUCCUUCGUCUGCAAGCACUGGCGCGGCCUCGUCCACGACGCCCGCUUCCUCCGCCGUUUCCGCGACUUCCACGGGGGGACGCCUCCCGUCCUCGGCUUCUUCAACAACCAGCCGGUGUCUCCCCUCUUCGCCCCCACCUCCGACGGCUUCGCCGUCCCCGGCGCCGCCACGAUGCGCCACGGCGAGUGGUGGGCCCUCGACUGCCGCCACGGCCGCGCCCUCCUCCUGGACCAACGACACGGAAGGCUCCUCGUCUGGGACCUCAUGAACGGCGACAAGCACUACCUGCCGUUCCCCACGCAGGCCCAUCUGGAGCGCGUUGAGUACAAUGGCGCGGUCCUCUGCGCGGCUGGCCACGCCGAUCACGGCGACUGUCAUUUGUGCCCGUUUCUCGUGGCGUUCGUGUUCAGUCAGCAGAGUGAUUUCAAUACCUCCGCGUGCGUCUACUCGUCCGAGAUAAGCGUUUGGGGUGAGAUCUAUUCGAUCGAAAUUCCAAAUGUAUUAGUUACAUGGGCGCCGACGCCACUGAUUGGAAAUACACUCUACUGGAUGUUGGAUACCUCUGGCGGCGCUAUCAAAAAUGAGUGUUGGAUCGUUGAGUUUGAUUUGGAUGCACACAAUUUGGAUUUAACUGGGGAGAUUCCAUACUACGUGCUCGAUAAGUACAAUAGGCAAAUUGUUCUCAUGCCAGCAGAUGAUGGACGGCUUGGUUUCGCCGGAGUUGACAAAUUCAGUCUCCAUUUGUGGUCAAGUGUAGCUUGUGUUGACGGGAUGGUAACAUGGGCACAUUGCAGAGUCAUUGAUCUGGAGAAUUUUCUUGCACUGGAAGCAGUAGCGGCGUGUCAGUAUGUACCAGAUGCAGUUGGCUAUGCUGAAGAUGCCAAUGUGAUCUUCAUUCGUGUGGAUCCAAACAUCUAUAUGAUUCAUCUCAACACCAUGCAGAUUGAGGAGGUUUCAGAGAAAGGGGCCUAUUGGUUUGUUUUUCCUUACACAAGUUUCUACACUCCAGCAAAAGCUCUUCGCAGUUGUUUUAUUGCCCACGAUUGCCAUCGGUUUAUUGGCUCAUUCUUCUCAUAG